GACUACCUGGUUGGGACAGGCCCAGCGGUUCUAUUCCCGGGCUCAGCGGUUUUGUCAAAUCACCGGACUUUGCGUUUGAACAAUUUCUACAUGAAUCACGUAAACCAGAUUUCUAUUUUUCCGGUUAAAACACAAGCACAUCCAGGGUGCGCGCUUCGGAGUGGACGUCAGUCAGUGCGCGUGUCAGUCAAUCCAACCCUUCCGGACAAAGAGAGAGCGCCUCACGUUCACAUCCCCUCUAGAGGAGCGCUCCGCGAGCCACGGUCUCAUCCCGUUCUGUCCCGUGCGCCUGGAACUCCCUGUUGCUGUUCACACCUCUCUCCGCCAGCCCGCGCGAAUAACUGACGACCCUUCGUGCUCUCCGUGGCAAUGUUGACUGACAGAUGAUUUGACAGAGGAAGACAGCAGCGAUAGUCUCUGUGGUUAAUAUGGGCUGUGCCCACUGUAAACAGUACAAUGCUGCAGCCAAGGCAGCCGAGGUAUCUGACCCAUCUCGAAGCAACAGCCCUGAUGGGGGUGUGUCUACAGUGUUAGCCACGCCCCUGUAUCACUCUGACCCCACCCACCAGACUAUACCUGACUUCAACAAGCCAUUUGGCUCUGCCUGUUUCCCCAACACCAACACACAACCCCGCGCAGGGGUCAUCACAGGUGGAGGUGUGACUCUCUUCAUAGCGUUGUAUGACUAUGAUGCUCGUACUGAAGAUGAUCUGUUCUUCCAGAAGGGAGAGAAGUUCCACAUCCUCAACAACACAGAGGGGGACUGGUGGGAGGCCCGGUCGUUGAACACGGGGAUCUCAGGAUACAUCCCUAGUAACUACGUCGCUCCUGUAGACUCCAUACAGGCUGAGGAGUGGUAUUUUGGGAAGAUGGGGAGGAAGGAUGCAGAGAGACAGCUCCUGGGUCAGGGGAACCCCCGAGGAACAUUCCUUAUCAGAGAGAGUGAGACCACCAUCGGUGCCUACUCUCUGUCUAUCUGUGACUGGGAUGAUGGUAAAGGUGACCAUGUCAAGCAUUAUAAGAUCAGGAAGCUGGACAGUGGAGGAUAUUACAUAACAACACGCACACAGUUUGACUCUGUGCAACAGCUGGUGGAGCACUACAAAGAGCGAGCUUCAGGUCUGUGCUGUAGGUUGAUUGGCAGCUGUAGGCGGGGCAUGCCUAAGCUUGCGGACCUAUCGGUAAAGACCAAGGAUGUGUGGGAGAUUCCCAGAGAGUCUCUCCAGCUCAUUAAGAAGCUGGGCAACGGGCAGUUUGGAGAAGUCUGGAUGGGUAUGUGGAACGGCGCCACCAAGGUAGCAGUGAAAACGUUGAAGCCAGGCACCAUGUCUCCAGAGGCCUUCCUAGAAGAGGCUCAGAUCAUGAAGAGACUGAGACAUGACAAGCUGGUGCAGCUGUACGCUGUGGUCUCUGAAGAACCCAUCUAUAUCAUCACAGAGUUCAUGAGCCAAGGAAGCCUUCUGGACUUCUUGAAGGACGGGGAAGGAGGAAAUCUGAAGCUGCCUCAACUGGUGGAUAUGGCUGCACAGAUAGCGGCAGGCAUGGCGUAUAUAGAGCGAAUGAAUUACAUCCAUCGUGAUCUGCGAGCAGCUAACAUUCUGGUCGGGGAAAAUCUGGUGUGCAAGAUCGCUGACUUUGGUCUGGCCAGACUCAUAGAGGACAAUGAGUACACUGCCAGACAAGGAGCCAAGUUCCCCAUCAAGUGGACUGCUCCUGAAGCAGCUCUAUACGGGCGUUUCACCAUCAAGUCUGACGUGUGGAGCUUUGGUAUCCUGCUCACUGAGCUCAUCACAAAGGGACGCGUACCUUACCCAGGUAUGAAUAACCGGGAGGUCCUGGAGCAGGUGGAGAGAGGCUACAGGAUGCCCUGUGCGGUGGGUUGUCCUGCCUCCCUCCAUGAGCUGAUGGUACAGUGUUGGCGCAGAGAGGCGGACGAGAGACACACCUUUGAAUACCUGCAGGGCUUCCUGGAGGACUACUUUACUGCUACUGAACCCCAGUACCAGCCUGGAGAGAACCUGUGACCACGCCCACACGCACACGCACAUACAGACACGAGUGUUCACAGACAGACACUCACUCACAUAAAUACAGACACACACACACACACACAGUUUUUGUAGGCUGUAGCGUGCCAGAUUGUGCCUUAAAUCUUUACUCAGUGUGAAAUGAUGAUGAGGAUGAUGUCUUCACUUCCAAUGCUUUUUACUCUUUAACCAUCUUUCAUGUCAAAGUGGAUUUUUACUGUAAUCCUUUUUAAGUCUGUUGUUUUUUUUCGAGUUUCUGAAUCUGGUGGGUAAAUGCUGCCAGAGGCGUCUUGCCCGUAGGGGGCACGUGCCCCCUCAAAGAAUGUGCCCUGUUUAAAAACGUUUAAGAAAUAAAAUUAUAUAUAUAUAUAUAUAUA